CCGCAUGCUUCUAGCCGCCGAAUCGUCCCCCGCGCAGAACCACCGCACGAUUUCGGCAGCAGAAGGAGAGAGAGAGAGAGAUUCGUGUUUAGACAAGAUCAAUUCGUGCGUGCGAUCCCUCUCUACUCCUCGGCAUCUCUGUUGCUCGAGAUCGCAUUUCUCUCGAGCUUCUACUGGAGUGAAUUCGUUGCCUUUUGUAUCCGGAACUCAGAUUUCUGAUCAUUUGAGCACGAAGUGAAUAGAAGAUGGUGUUCUGGGUUUUCGGCUACGGUUCAUUGGUGUGGAACCCUGGAUUUGAAGCCGAUGAGAAAGUAGUCGGAUUUAUUAAGGACUAUAGGCGUGUCUUCGAUUUAGCUUGCAUUGAUCACAGAGGCACGCCUGAACACCCUGCCAGGACUUGCACCUUGGAAAAAUAUGAAGGAGCUGUCUGCUGGGGCACUGCUUAUUGUGUGCGUGGAGGGCCAGAAAAAGAAAAGGCAGCAAUGGAGUAUCUGGAGAGAAGAGAAUGCGAGUAUGAUCAAAAGACAGUGGUAGAGUUUUUUAAGGAGGGUGAUUCUGAGCAGCCCUUUUCAACCGAUAUGAUCGUAUUUACGUCUACCCCGGACAAGAUAUCAAACAAAUACUAUCUAGGACCUGCCCCUUGGGAGGACAUGGCCAGGCAAAUUGCUUCAGCUUAUGGUCCCUGUGGAAACAACAGGGAUUACCUAUUCUCGAUGGAAAAGGCUUUGUUUGAUCUUGGUCAUGAAGACGACUAUGUUAUUGCACUCGCAAACGAGGUUAGGAAAGUGCUUGGAAUGGUUGGAAGCAUCCGAACAGGCGGAAGCAUCCUCCGAGGCGAGAAGCUCCCCCGCCCUACUCCCGUCCCUCUUGAGUCGGGUUUAUCGUCACCCCGGAAAAUUAGAGCCCUUGCCUGAACAGGACGAUCCCCAGCUACUUGCUAACAGAAAGUCUCUUCUCUCUAACAGCAACUGAAUGAGGCCAUGUCUCUUCUGAUUGUUCUAGCAUAUGUGCGCUUGAGUUUAACAUCAUCUGUUGAUGACAUAAAUAAGCCAAUACAUAUAUAUAUUAGGCCCUGUCUUGUACCAUCAGUCUUGUACCAUCAGCCAUGGACUAUAGAUAGAUGUAUUCCACUUUUUUGCAUUAUCGUAUACUUCUUUGUCUUUGGGCCCUUU